UUCCAGCACUGGGAUGUCUUCAGGACCAUCACAGAGGUCUUCAUUCUGGUUCCAGCUUUGGUGGGCCUCAAGGGCAAUUUGGAGAUGACGCUGGCCUCUCGGCUCUCCACAGCUGCAAACACAGGACAGCUGGACGACCCCAGCGAGAGAUGGAAGAUGGCGAUCAGUAACUUGGCUUUAAUCCAGGUUCAGGCCACCGUCGUCGGUCUUUUGGCCGCUGUUGCUGCUAUCCUCUUGGGCGCGUUAUCUAAAGGUUACGUGGAAUUGGACCAGGCCGCCGUCCUCUGUGCCAGCAGCGUGACCACAGCAUUCAUUGCUGCCCUGUCCUUGGGUCUGGUGAUGGUUGGGGUCAUCAUUGCCUCUAGGAAGAUGGGAAUCAACCCUGACAAUGUUGCUACCCCCAUCGCGGCCAGCCUGGGGGACCUCAUCACCCUGUCGUUGCUUGCGGGAAUCAGCAGCUUCUUGUUUGACUACAGAGAUGUCCAGUACCUCUCUCCAUUGAUCUGCUCUGUCUUCAUCAUCCUGAUCCCGCUGUGGGUGGCCGUAGCCAAACAGAGCCCGUCCAUUGCUGAAGUUUUGAAGUCGGGUUGGCAGCCGGUGAUUGUGGCCAUGUCGAUUAGCAGUUUUGGUGGACUCAUCUUAGACAAGACAGUAACGGACCCCAAAUUCGAGGGCAUGGCGGUUUUCACCCCCGUCAUAAACGGAGUAGCCGGGAAUCUGGUGGCCAUUCAGGCAAGUCGGAUCUCCACGUUCCUCCAUUUCUGGAGCAUGCCCGGCGUCUUACCGUACAAGAUGAGGCAGCACUGGCCCAACCCUUGCACGACGUUCUUCUCCUCAGGUGUUAAUUCGAAAUCAGCCCGAGUAUUACUGCUGCUGGUGGUGCCCGGGCACCUGGUCUUCAUGUACACCAUCCACCUGCUGCAGGGCGGUCACACCUCCAUCACUCUGCUGUUUGUCACCUUCUACCUGGUCGCAGCCUUCCUACAGGUUUGCAUCUUACUGUACAUAGCUGACCUCAUUGUGCGCUUCAUGUGGAGAAGAGGCCUGGACCCAGACAACUUUUCCAUCCCGUACCUCACCGCCCUCGGCGACCUUCUGGGCACCGGAUUCCUGGCUGUCUGCUUCCGGCUUGUCUGGCUCCUUACUGGUGCGGAGUCGAACCUGGGAGACUGAAUGGACCGAUCCGGAUUGGUUUAUAUUUUUUUCCUUUUUUUUGCUACUAAACUUGCACUUGAAAGGAACAAUAG